GUGGAAGACCGGUUUGGUUGCACGGUGCAGUUGUGUUGCCGGCAGAACUCGAGGGGUGGCCCUUUUCGGUGCGGUGGAGUGUUGGAGCUGAAGAUGGGCAGGAUACUCUUGGCUAGUGGUCUGGCUGCGGUGUUAGUCUUCUUCGUGACGCCUUCUGAGACACUGAAAGAAGGAGAGUGUGAAGUAUGUUUGUCGUUCCUGGAGCGGUUUUAUAACUCACUGAACGAACAAGGUGUAAACUUUACUCCUGAUGUUAUAGAAGAACAUCUAAUCCAGCAAUGCAAGGAUGUCAAGGGCAAGGAGAACAGAUUUUGCUAUUACAUUGGAGCAACACGUGAUGCAGCCACCAAGAUAGUUAAAGAAGUCUCCAAACCCAUGAGCAAUCAUGUGCCGGUUACUAAAAUCUGCGAAAAACUGAAAAAGAGUGAUAGUCAAAUCUGUGAUCUAAAAUACGACAAACAGGUGGACCUAAGCACAGUUGAUCUGAAGAAGCUGAGAGUCAAGGAGUUGAGGAAGAUCUUGGACGAGUGGGGCGAAUCAUGUAAAGGCUGUGCAGAGAAAUCUGACUUCAUCCGCAAAAUCACAGACCUGAUGCCCAAGUAUGCGCCCCUUGCUGCCAAAUCACGGAGCGAGCUCUAGUGAAGUUCAAGGAUACCCUGCUUCCACCUCAUUAUUGUACAUUUCCAUUGGUUUUUCACUUGCCUUUUUGUAUUUAUUAAUAAAAAGGGGACUUUAAUGUCUUGAGAUUUGCUAUAAAAUAAACUGAUUUGUGGGAAGUGUUGCUUGUGGUGUUUUGGGGCGGGUCCAUGAGUUAGGACAUGGAAGUGCUUGUAAAAGUUGAUUUUUAAAAUGUGUGCUGGCUGGAUUCACUGAGCAAUGAAAUGGAGUAUGGUCAUGCAGCAGUUCCCUGAGAAAUAGCAGCAUUUCUUUUUGAUGGUUAAUACAGUUCUACAUUCUGAUUUGCCUAGGCCUUUGGUUCAAAUCUAUUACUAAUUGUUUGGGUUAGUUGGCAUGCCUGUUGUAAGGGCCACAUGAAUUAAUUGGAAUAAUCUGAACCUGUUCCUUGUUUGGCAUGAGCUGUAAAUAUAAUUUCAUCAGUUGGUUAUUUAGCACUCCAGGGACUCCUCUAGUAAUGUCCCUUAUGUCCAGCAACUUCCAGUCCAUGUUCUAAAUCAGCAGAUCUAUAUGCUGAAAGAGGAAUCUGCACUGGCAAAUGUAUAUUUGUAAACACUUGAAGUGCUGGCAUGGGAUUAAAUUGUGAUGAUUCCUCAUGUUCUUCCCUUCCUCUAGCCUUUUUGCUUAAGCCAUGGUUCUUAUUGAAGAACCCUGGGAAGGGAAGGCAGUAGAGAAUACAUUCCACCAUGAGCAGAGGUGGAGGGUACAUCUCAAAGAUGUGCUGAAAUGGACAUUCUUCGUAAUGUCAUAUUAAAGCAAUGAUAGGGGCUUGGCAGCUCAUCGGGUAGGUGGAGGGGCUUGGAGCUGACAUUAGGUAGCAAUGUCUUACUUUGGUAGAAUUGCCCUGACCUUCAAUGCAAAGACCUACUCUUGUUCUGUCUCACCCAAUCCCAAGUAUGAAAGCCAGUUGUCCAGUCUGUCACUCAACGAUCCUAGUAUGCUGCAGAUAUCUAUUAACCCACUAUUUUUGUUGUGUUUACAAAAAAACUUUGCUCAUUAAACAAUUUUUUUUCUAAAA